AUGACGAGCAAAGAUUUGCCGAAGUCAUCGGCCCCUGACCCUUGGCCACAGGAGCCUCGCUCUGAUGGCGCUUUAUAUGGCGACCUGCCAAUUGAAGUGCCACGCGCAACGGAAACUAACACCCACAUCACCAUUCACGAUCGAAAAGAUGGGGUGACCUACUUUCGUGCUCGCCAAGCAAACAAACAGCAUAUCGUGGAAGGCAAAAUCGACACUGCAUACGAAAGAUUCAUCUUCAACGUAACGCUCUACCAAGUAAAAGGACAAGAUAGGAUGCGUAUUGGCAGCAUGGACCUCGGCAGGGCCGUCGCACUGCAGGGCCCACUUCCUAGCGAUCCGAGCCGGGUUUUUGCUGACCAUGCCGAUGGUGACGCCCUCAACAACACUGCAGCGAAUCUGCAUUGGGUGACUCCGAGCUUCAAUAACUUCAACCGCAAAAAGAAACGUGACUCCAACGGGUUCGUUCGGGUCAAAAAGCGUGGCAACAGGUUCACGCCGGAGGUUGCUGGUAUUGGUCAGGGAAGUUACCAUUGCGCCGAGACGGCGGCGCUGGCGUACAAUCUUGUUUGUCGCCAUCUGUUCGGGGAUCAGCUCGACAAAACACCUCACUUGCUCAACGCAGUGCCCAACGAAAAUACCCGAUCCUCUCAAGUCGCUGUGAUGCCGACCGGCGCUAUCAUCCAUCGUAUCGAUGGCAUUUUCGUCAUCUUUUAUCACGAGAGGAUUCAACCCGAUAGCAAACACGCGACGCUGCAGGCCGCUCAAGAUGCGGCCAAAAAGCUGGUGGCCGACCUCGAUGCCAAAAAAAUUCAAGCGGAAGCCGAUUGGAAGGAGAAGGAAAAAAAACUCAAGGUGACCGACAGAGAAGAUGAUGCAGCCUUCAUCGCCACCAGCUCUGGCGCAAGGGUCCUUGUAAGCGAUGAUACAUGGAAGAAGACCAAAAGCCUUUCACGCUGGAUUAUGGGCGCUGGACCUUGCGAUGUCGUCGACCAUAUCAAUCAAGACCCUCUCGACAACAGACUGGGAAAUCUGCGCCUCACCAAUCACUCCGCCAAUGCACAGAACAUCAGAAGGACUCGCGGUUUCAUUGGCGUUGGUCAAGACCAUGGGGCCGCAGACUGGACGGUUCAUGUGACCGUCAGGGGUGCAGGUCGCAUCGCCACAAAAAAGUUCAGUGACCUCCAGAAAGCCAUCGAGCUCUAUGAUCUCGCCGCACUCUAUCAGCAUGGGCGCGGAGCUCUGAUGAACGAGCCGCAGAGGAUGCAGGAGUACCUCAACAUGCUCGAGACUGACGCUACAAGGACAAUGGUCAAGGACUUCUUGGAGCGUAUUCCUUCGCGACGUCGGUUUUAUCUUGGCGUAGAACAAACAGGCCCCGAAAAGUUUCUCGGCACGUGCUGCGUGGGCAAGGGUCGAGGUCGCAAGACCACACACUGUACUUUCGAUGGUAUUGGUGCGGAAGUCAAGGCGGCAGUCUAUUGGGACGUUUGGAGGCUCAAGACCAAGGGCAAAGAGUUCACCGUCAACUUUGAAUUCAUGCGUCCUUGGUACCUCCAUUACGUCGACUCUCUCUGCCCAGAAAACGAGGCCUCCAUCAUCGAUCUCGCUUACGAUAGGAUGGGUGGCGACGAUUUCAAGGAUAUCCGCAAACGUCAACCCUAUACUCAAGGCCAGGAGCGCAAUGGCGAGGCCUCCGGCAGCAAAUCUCUUGGCAAGCGCCUCCACACCGCUACCACCCAGCUCACCGGAGGUUCCCAGACCCCUCGCGCUUGGCAAUUCCAUUGA